AUGGGGUCGGUGAGUCUGUGUAGAGAUGAGGUCAACUCGUCUUUGCAUCUUCCCUGCCAGGCUGAUCCCCUCUCCGGUUCUGAUGGUUGCUGCCUUGCGCCGCACCUCAACGCUGGGGGGGAUCACCCGCCGCAGUGGUGGUACCCGGGACCCAGCCACGCUGGAUCCCCUGGUGCCCCCGCUGUGGUGACCGAAGCCCGGGGGCCUUUUGGCCCCCGGCACCGUUGGGGUCUGUGGAUCGAUGGCCGCUGGCCAUACCCGAAACUCAGAUUCCUGGAGGGGAGCCGCCCCGUGGGAUCCGCCGUUCGCCGGCGUUGUCCACGGGGUCUGGACCCUUCAUCCGAGGGCCACAUGCCGCAGCCUGCCAGCGCCUUCACGGGCGUCUGGUCGGAUCAACUGCGUGCGGACUGGUGCUGA